CACAGUGACUCCACACACAAACCAAACGGCGUGGGAACAUGUCGCAGUACAUGCUGGCAGUUCACUUGCAGAUCCUGCUGGCUGUGGGUCUAGCUGUAUUCUGCUAUUGUCUAGUUCUUGGCUGCAUCCUUUGCUAUCGCAAAAGGAAGAAAGCCUCAUUGGAGGACAAAGAAGCAGUUUUUUUGUCUCCUCAUCCUGCAGAGUGUGUGACUGUGACACUGACUCCUUCUCCCUGUACGCAAAUUGUGAAACAGCAAUAUGAAGAAUUGGAUGGGGAUGUUUUUGAAUUUUCUUUCUCUAAGAGCAGCUCUUCUCCCUCUGAAGAUGACCUCACUGCUCUGCCCUUUGACUCCAGCCCUACCAGGUCAGCUGACCUGGUAAAAUCUCCUAGAUCUUCUUUUCCACUGCGGCGCCUCAGCACUCCUGCAGUUCCCUGUUCACCCAAUAAACCUCCAAGACAUGGCCGAGCCUCUUUGCCUUCUCUCACCAGGUUGAGUUUUGUGCCUAAAUCCCGUCGAGCAAUCGGCCGGCGCUGCACUGUGACUGGUGAAAAUUUUAUUUACAGUGAGAGCAGUUGUCUGACUGCAGGCGCCGUCAGACCUCCUGUGGAGGAGGGAAAGCCUUGUCCAUCACAGUAUGGCUCUAACUCUCUCUCCCCUCCCAAACCAGCUCCACUCCUUCACUUCUCCGUGGUCUUCUCUUCUGCUUGUGCCACCCUGGUGAUCAACAUCCUAGGUCUCUUGGGGGUCAGUCGAAGGCGCAGUGGGGUGUUUGUUAGGGCAAGCCUUCCUCCACUUUGCCCUUCCCCACAGCAGAUAUCCUCACGACGACGCAGCCUCAGCCCAGAGCUCCACAACCAGAGCUUUGCACUGCAGGUGAGCUCUGUGGAAGAGCUGCGGACCUGUACCUUGAAACUGGCUGUCUACAGUAGGGACUUCUCUGGUCUAAGAGAGGCUGCACUGGGGAUAGUGGAGUUGCCUUGUGAGAAGUUGGACUGGGAGCCUGAUAUUGCCACCACCUACACCAGGCAGCUCUGCCCAACUAAGAGCAAGCUGAAAAAGAGUGUGAGUUCUCAGGAAACGCUGGGCCGCAGGAAGAGCUCUGUGUGUGUGCCACGGGAUUUGGGGCAACUGUUCAUCCUGCUGCAGUACCAGACACUAGCCCAGCGCAUCAAGGUGAUGGUUCGAAAGGCUGAGAAUCUGGCCAAGCUCACAAGGAUCCCAGGAGCUCCAGACCACUAUGUUGUCAUUAACUUGCGUCAGGAUGGGAAGGUAAUUGGUACUAAGGAGACUAAAGGGGCCAGUGGUCCAAACCCCAUCUGGAACGCACCAUUCCUGUUUGACCUGCCUCCCGGUGACAUAAAUCAGCUACCACUGGUGCUUGAAUUCAUCGUCAUGCAGGGGCGCCUCUACACUAAGAGCAGCAUUCUGGGUCGGGUGCUGAUUGGCACUGAUGCUUCAGAGGAGGGACAGAAACACUGGAGGGAAAUUUGCAGUCGGGGGCAAAUAGAAACUACUCGCUGGCAUACCAUCCGGUCAGAUGCGCUGUAAGAGUGAGAGUGUGAAUGACUGACACAGCGUGGGACGCCCUUUGCUGACUAGUGAGGAUGAUUUCAAUAGCUAUGAUCACAAUCACAAAAAACAAUUAUUAAAUAAUAACUCUUCAUGAUUUUCUAUGUACAUUGACAGACUUGUACAAGUAAAAAAACAUUUAUUGUGAUUCUUUCCAUUGUGACUUCUUAACCUUUAUUCCGUUUUUUGUUUUGAGGAAAAAAAACAGGGAAACAUAUUUAGUUUUCUUUAUAGCCACUAGAAUUACAAAUGAGGGGACAUUUUGAUUUUAAUUCAGCUAAACAUUGUAUUUUCAUAUUUUGUAUUAUGUAUAUGCAUAUUUAACAUUAAUGAAGAGCAAAUUAUUAUAAAACCUGCACAUUUUUCAG